CUAGCCUACCUGUGUCGUGCAUGGACCAACCUCUGAAUUCACCGUGUUGCGUGGCGCUGAAUCGGAAUAUCAGCAGUCUUACCUGACAAACUCCCGUUACUUUAAGUCGAGGAAUAGAACGUAACCUUGAAGUACGGGGACACCUGAACAAGAUAACUCACCUGUAAGCGACGGCAUUGCUGUUUUUGUGGAGUGUGUGGGCUUGGGGAGAAAAAGAACGGACACGCACAGAAAAGAAAAACGGGAUAGAAGACUGAAACUGCGGAGCUACAAAGUUUGUUGUAGAGGUGGAGAACAGAAAGGAGGGAGGACUGCGGGAAGAAACAGAAGGGAACGAUCCUUCCCGUUUUUUUUCUUUCACGAGUGGAAGGUAUAUUUUUUGAAGUACUUUUUUCACCAGUUUACCUGGAGCGUAUUGAUUCUACACAAACUUGACCGAAGAGGACAGUUUAACCGUAAAAAAACAACCAUGCCGCGAGCCUUCCUGGUAAAGAAGGCGAGAUACUCGCCCUAUAAGCGGAACUGGAGCGAGUUGCCAGACGACGAGCGCGGGGACGUAUAUAUACCAGUGUCUGUCUUCCCCGUGCCCUUAUUGGAGGAAACUGAAGCCAGUCCAGCAGAGACCGCCCCCUGUCUCGCCACGACGACGCACUACGAAUACACCAAAUACACACAGUCACACUCGGUGCGCAGCGUGAUGACCCCUACAGCGGAGAUGCCUUCGUGCACGGUGCUGGGUCAACCCCAGAGCCCUGGUCGGGAGUUAGAGGUCACGGGGUUAGAGGUGAAGAGGAGGGCACAGAGCAGUACCUAUGUCCGCUCCAAAAUCAAGGUGACUACAGGUGAGCUACCCAGUCAGAUUCCAAUACCUCCCCAGCCUUCCAUCCCUGAAAUCACCACACCUGUUUCCUUGACGACGUCCCCUACUGCCCUGGUCUCCACAGUAACGAAGUCAGGGACAGGUGCUCAGGCGUCAUUUGUGUGCAAGAUGUGUCAGAAGGUGUUCCAGUACCAGAGGAUGUUGAACCGACACCUGAAGUGUCACAGUGAUACUAAGAGACACCUGUGUAACCACUGUGGUAAAGGAUUCAACGACACCUUUGACCUGAAGAGACACGUCAGAACACACACAGGAGUGCGUCCCUACAAGUGCUCUCUGUGUGACAAGGCCUUCACCCAGCGCUGCUCUCUAGAGUCUCACAUGAAGAAGAUCCACGGUGUGACCCUGCAGUACGCCUAUAAAGAGAGACGCAACAAACUCUACGUCUGUGAGGAGUGUGGCCACACCGCCCCUUCCCAGGAUACACUGCUCAAACACUACCACGCCCUACAUCCCAACUCCGCCUUCCUGAGGGGGAAGGGGCUGAAAGGGGGGAGAGGGGCAGAGGGGGAGGAGUCGAUGCCUGGGUCGCCGCUUUCGAAUGACCAGGAUAGUGAUGAUACUACAGGGUCUGGGGUGCAGUAGAAAGAAGGGGCUGAAGGAGAGGGGAAGGGUAGGAAUACAACGGUUGUCUCUGUUGAAACUGUCGUCGGGUAAAUCUGAAACGUUAAGGGAACGUCCAUUUGAAAUAUGAGACCUGUUGAGAUUAGGAUUGAGAUUAUUCUAGGUUUCACCUGGAACUCUCCUCCCGAUGUAGAUUGUCUGUACAAAAAAAAAACACAACUCUAUAUAUUCAGUAAAGGGAUUAAUAUAUUUAAAUAUGUACUUUGCUAUGAAUUUAUACAGUGUGUUUUAAUGCUAUUAUGCAUUUGAUUGAUGAAAAUAACCAAUGUUUGUUUUGGGGUUUACACUACUGAAAGUUCCAAAUGGUGGUUUAUGGGAAAUCUUUUGCACAACUACUGUACACUGUAGUACUACUAUAAGAUGCUGUAUCUACUGCAAUACCAAGGUUGGGCUCAAUUCCUUUUCAAUUCUCGUCAAUUCAUAAAAUACACUGUAAUUCAAAUGCUCUUCUAUGCUUUUUUUGAGGAAAAUUUGGACUUGGUUUUACAUUCUGAAUGAACUAUAACUGUACAAUUGAAAUGGAAUUGACCCAUAACCCUUGUCUUAUGCAACUGCAACGACUGUUGAAAGAAAGAGAUUGUGCAACAAAGUGCCGGUCAUGUUUACAUUCAUAUCCAAUAGGACUUGGAAAGGAUCCAACUAUUACAGAAGAGAUUUACUACUUUCAUACUGGAAAAGCACAGUGAGAUUAUUCUAGCCUGGUCCCAGGUCUGUUUGUGUUGUAUCUCCACUCCACUAUAGCCUGGUCCCAGGUCUGUUUGUGUUGUAUAGCCAUCUCUCCUCUACUAUAGCCUGGUCCCAGGUCUGUUUGUGUUGUA